UCACUCUCUUCAUGGCUCAAAUCAAAUUGAUCCUUGCUAACCUUUUCCUCUCCAUGAUCUUAUUCCCUUACAUUAUUCAAUCUAUUGAGGGAAGAUACUUGAAGUUUGAGAAUGCAAAUGACCCCUCUAAACCCUAUGUUCACACAGUAGCAUUAACCAAAAGAGAAACUGAAAAGAUGAAACAGUACAAUGGAAACAUGCAAGUUUAUGCAACAGAGAAGGCACUAAUUGACAAUAUGGCCACACCUGCAACCCCGCUAGCACCAACACCGCCAAGUCCGGUUCAGAUAGUGUCUCAGCCCCCUCCCCCUGGUCAUGCCGAUGGCUUCACUCCUUCGGGACCUGGUCAUAGCCCUGGGAUUGGUCAUUCUCUUAAAGGGAACUAAGAGCUGUAGCUACAU